UGGACGCAGGUUUUGCCACAGCUAACAAGUGGAAAUCUGGUCAUCCCGAUCGUUACAUGGGCGCCAACACCACCCAUACACAAAAUAUGUUGCAUAUUGGCUUCAGAUGAUGGAAACGACAUAGUUACUGGCGCAUCAGAUGGAAACAUGAUUUUGUGGAGCGUUGGAAAGAAUUCGGAGUUUACUGCUCGGUGGAUGGUUACGGGUCAUCGUGCGCCUGUUCUUCAUCUCUGUCUUGCCGGUUCGCGUUCGGAUGAAGAUUCUCGUGUUUUCUUUACUGAAACACUUUGCGGUUCAGUGAUAGAUCCCAUUUCUUCCACCACCAUCGGACCCCAUCUAGUUCUUGAUCCGACCCUUCCCCGCCUAAUUUUACGUUAG